UAAGAAAAAACGCCCCAAGAUGACCUAUAUAUGUAACUAGUCGGUACACAAAAUUUUUCUCUGAGUCAUCCUCUUGUUGCAGCGUAUGCGCAACUUGAAGUUGUAGGCCAAGCAACGACAUUUCAAGACUCUAAGGCAGGAUACAAGCUCUAAGGCAGGAUAUAAGCACGACCCCAAGCCCUGAAUUGAACAGCUCAAGAAGGUUUAGCUUUGAAAUUUACGAUGUCCUCUUCUUAUCGACUUUUCGGCCAGCCAUACAUUAUCAUGAUGUCUGUUUUCUGGAUGUCUGUCUCCGCCUCGCCAUGUCCAGGUAACAGUAUAACCAUCCGGGAUUCAGUAACGGGGCACGUUCAGUGCCAGGACUGCUUGGUGUGUCCGGCGGGGCAGGGUCUCUCUGUGGACUGUGGUGAUGUAAUAUCACCACAGACACCCAUCGUUUGUAAGCCAUGUGAGCUAGGGAGAACUUAUUCAUCUGAAAGCGAGGCCGGGGCGUGCAAGACUUGUAUGAAUUGUGGAGAAUAUCGAGAGACUAUCAGCCCUUGCACCUUGACCUCUGAGGCAGUGUGCGGGAAGAACUGUAAGCUUGGAGCUUACCCAGAGGAUAUGCUUAGCUCGUGUAGACCGUGUUCCGCUUGCUGCAACGACAAGGAAGAUAUCAUUGAGCCAGAGUGUCAAGUGCCGGGGGUGCCUAAAAGCAAGCAGUGCAGCGAGCUUAGAUCAGAGAAGUGUAGCAAGGUGAUAGCUAAUGUGAGUGUCAGUACAAGGGUACUUGACGUGGAGGCCAAUCUCUCCGUGUCAUCAUCGGCAACCUUAAAAAAAGUGCAAGCGUCCACCCAAGUCACAGAGCACUCUAAAAAGGAUUCAGCUUCCACAGAGGAUGUUUCUCCACCACAUGGUAAGAUGAUUGGCGUCGCAAUUGGAGUUCCAUCAGUGAUCUUGGUGCUGGUGGCGCUUAUCCUUAUCGUGAAAAAAAGACGCAUAGGGCAAGCAAGGCCAGUAAAGGACGAAAAGUCUGAUCAACUGCGACUUCCAGUGCAAGAAAAAGAGAAUCUCACAGUAGCGAAGCAGGAAACACAACUUCCGGCUGAAGCAAAAGUAUAAUCAUUCCCUUUUCUCAAGGGAUCGGUUAGUAAUUUUUCGCCUGGGCUGGAGUGGAGGAUUUUUAGGGGGAUCACAUGGUUUUAUUGUAUUUUAUUAU